AAAUUCGACCGCAGGCAUGAGAAAAAUGGAAAACUUCAAGAAUUCUCUUCUCGUCUUCGCACCUUGUCACCUACCCCUUCCCCAGAGAUUAGCUCACUUCUCAGAAACUACGCUGUUACACACUAAUCGGAAAAGGGGCGGUUGAAUUUUAAACUUUUAGAGGUUAGGGAGAUGGCCAGUGGAUUUGGGGAAUCAACAAGUGUGCCACGGCAAAACUCGUCUUGCUCGGGCAAUAUUGGGAAUGAUGCAGGAGAUUUUGAAUGCAAUAUCUGUUUCGAAUUACCUCAGGACCCAAUUGUUACUCUUUGCGGCCACCUCUUCUGUUGGCCAUGUCUAUACAGAUGGCUCCAUCAUCACUCUCAGUGCCAGGAAUGCCCGGUCUGCAAGGCCUUAAUACAGGAGGAGAAAUUGGUUCCUCUCUACGGAAGGGGCAAAAUACAGAGUGACCCAAGAUCAAAGUCGUAUCCGGGUAUCGAUAUUCCUCGCCGCCCGGUGGGGCCGAGGCCCCAAACUACCCCGCCUCCGCCUGAUGCAACUCGGUUUAACUUUAGCAGUCAUGGAUUUGGAUUUAUGGGUGGUCUUAUGCCAAUGAUGACAGCUAGGAUUGGUAACUUCACCUUGGCUACUGCUUUUGGUGGUUUGAUUCCAUCAUUAUUCAAUAUUCAGUUUCAAGGCUACCCUGAUGCCACUGUGUACGGGCAGACUUCUGGUAAUUUUCCCUAUGGGUUUCAUACGUUUCAUGGGGGCCAUGCUCAUCACAGGUUCCAUCAGCAAACAAGUCGAGUACAGCGGGCUGAUAAUGUUUUGAAGAACAUUUUUAUGCUGAUUAGCAUAUUUGUGAUCAUUGCUCUUCUUUGUUGGUAAUUUGUGUUUGCUUCUUAUACUUAAAGCUGAUCAUGAGUUUCUACACUGGUUGAUGUUAUGUCUCUAUAUGCACUAGCUGCGUGCUGAUUUCAUUUUGUAAUAUUCAUUUCACCCUUUCUGAAAUCUGAAAAAUGGAAUUUAAAUGAAAUGCAAACUUCUCUCUAA